AUGUAUGGUAGCGAGCUAACACGUCUUCUACUCAGAGAUGGUCCUUCGGCAAAAAUCUUUGCCGGAGUCUUUAGUAGCGACAAAAUACCGCGUUUAAGACGUCGACGCUACGCUCUAAUCGUAAACACUGAUAGACAGGGGGAGCCUGGACGCCAUUGGCAAGUUUUGUACGUAGACGGCAAAACUUGCUACUUUUUCUGCUCGCUGAACGAGCCACCGACUGAAGGAGUUUCGAAAUAUCUCCAGCGCUUCGACCACGUCGUUUGUAACACGGCACGCGAACAACGCCUAAAUACGGAAACUUGCGGCGGUUUCGCCUGUUUCGUGGUGGCCAUGCUGGCGCGAGGUCACUCUUUUGGUCACAUUUGUAGCCUUUUCAAGAGAAUAAAACGUGAUGAUGCUUUCAUCAGAUACUUUAUGAAAAAUGCUUUCGAUUAUAAUUUAAAGGGAUAA